GCAUACAUCCUAACCAUACGUGAACGCGCUGUCACGUGGCGCGCUGUCGUAAUGGCUCCGCCUCUCUGACCUGCAUGCUUCAUAAUUAGACGUGGACCAGGAGUGCUACCAAUUAUUGGAUGUGACAAUAAACAACUUUUACCAAGUCAGUCAGGAUAACCAGGUCUGCAUUGUGCUUCAAAGAGAAGAUAAUGGCGGAUCACAGUGCAGAGGGAAAGCGUCUUCCACGAAUGGCUGCCACUUUUAUGAUGCGCUUCACCCCUGAGCGUGAACCCUCCUUUGGCAUCCACAGGGGCAGCUUUAAGCCUCGUGCCCCUGACAGUGAGUCUGUAGAUUCUCCAUGUACUGGAGAAGAGAGUCAAUCCUCUAGCACAGACAUCAGUAACACUGCUGAUAAUGAAGAAACUUCUGCUGUAGACCCCGAGACCUCUGAAAUCCUCACACUGGAGCCUCUACCUCAAAUGGAGGACCUGAGAUCUGACAGUGAGUCCCUUUCUUUAUUAAGUUUGGGUGAAAUAACAGAAGGGGAAAGCACCCUGGAGAUACCGGAGGAUGACAUGGACGGGCAUCUCAGGAGGGACCAGCAGACAGAAGACUGGCAUAAAAAUCGGGUAACAGCAGUGAGUUCUGAAUGUUUUGAUAGACUGCUCAGGGAAUGUCCAGAGUACCACAGCACUAAGAGCUGCUUUGCUGCUUUUGUACUGGAGAGAGAGGUUUGUGAUCCCGAUGGGCAGCGCUGUGAAGUGUAUGAAGUGGUGGCUCUGGGAUCAGGACAAAGCUGCUGCAGUGGUUGGCUUUCUUACACAGGCUCUGUGGUUCACGAUUGCCAUGCCAUUGUCAUCGCACGCAGGGCCCUCAAAAGGUAUUUUUACAAGCAGCUCCUGCUGUUCUACAGUUCUGAUCCAGAGCUAAAGGAGCGCUCUAUAUUUGAAAGUGUUUCAUCUGAACCGCUGCUUCAGCUCAAACCGCGUAUUUACCUUCACCUGUACACUAACCAAACGCCCAAAGGAGCAGCUCGCUGCAUACUUCUGAAGUCUGAUAGCAAUGCAUACACCACUUUAAAACUACAGUGCCAUGCCAGAGGCUCUCUCAUACCUGCUGCCUUCCUGCUCCCCAGCAUCUGGGGCGCUCGCAUCUGCUGUAUGUCCGACAGCGGCAAACUCACCCGCUGGACUGUCACUGGAGUACAGGGGGCACUGCUGAGUCAUUUUAUUAAUCCGGUCUACAUUACCAGCAUGGUUCUCGGUGAUUCUAGGCACUGCUCAGAGAAAGUGUCUGAAAUUAUCAACAAGCGCCUGGGCACCGGUUGGACGGAUGCACUUCCACCUCCGUUCAAACAAAGCACUGUCUUCUUCCUGGGUGGAGAGAACUUGGGGCCUCUCGUGAGUUCAGAUUACUGCAAAAACCUCAGCGUCAACUGGUGUUUGGGAGACUCGAGUAUUGAGGUUUUGGACAGCACCACUGGAUAUGCAAUCAACAAUUCUCCAUUUGUAAGUGGUCCGGGAUCCACCAGCAGACUUUGUAAGCGAGCACUUUACUUCUGCUUCAGAAAAGUCUCAGCACUGUCCAGACAUCAUGACCUUCUGUCAUUCACCACAUACCGCAAUGCUAAAAUGGCUGCCUGUCUUUAUCAGGAAACCAAGUCUGUGGUCAAUCUACAGUUCUUGACCAACAAUGCUGGACCUUGGAACUCUAAACACUUGGUAGAUUGCUUCAGUCGCUAACUGGUUAAACAGCAUUUGGUUAAUUUAGGUUGCCAGCUGUUCAGUGUGAUGUUCUUCUGUCUUUUCAAAGUUUAUUGAUGCUUAAAAACAUAUGUUUGUGAUAUGUUUGUCAUAAUUCUUAGUUUAUUAUCAGAUAUUUAAGGUGGCUGUGAGGCGUGUAAUUAUAGAAAUCCUCAUAGACUUUCUGCAGAUGUUUUUGUUCCAAAACCUGAUGUUACUUUAAGGAGUACUACCUGCAAGUUUUCUUUUUUUAUUAUUUAACCGUUGUGUGCUUGUUUUACUUUUGCAAUGUGUAGAUUUGAUGUUUUAUUGUUUAUGUGGCAUUAAAGGAUACAUAAAUAUAACAGUAAUUUUACUGGGUGUUAGGAACACAUACAGUAGGUACUUAAGGCUAACACAUGUUCACACUUAUUCAUAACUUGUGAAGAAAUAAGAACAAUAAAAACAUUGUGAAGAUAGCUCAUUGUA